AUGGGAAAGCAACCAGUGAGGAUGAAGGCAGUGGUGUAUGCUUUGUCUCCAUUCCAGCAGAAGGUGAUGCCUGGACUCUGGAAAGAUUUCACUGGAAAAAUCGCGCACAAGAUAUCUGAUAAUUGGAUUAGCACCACUCUCCUGCUUGGCCCUCUCGUUGGAACCUACUCGUAUGUGCAGUGGUACCAGGAAAAGGAAAAGAUGGAGCACAGAUACUGA